GUGAUUUUAUGCGAAAUGUCAUGAAUAGAGCGAAGAGCAAGCAAGCGAAGCCGUCUUUCUUUACAGCUGACAAUUGGGAGGCAAUUAACACAUUUUGGGCAUCUGAACAGAGUCGGCAACUCUGUGAGCAGAAUAAGAAGAAUCGAUCUUCUAGUUCUAGUGAUGGGUCAGCCACAUAUGCUGGGGGCUCUAUCAACAUUGCGGAGCAUCGCAAACGACUGGCACAUGAAUUGGGGACGGAACCGACAUUUGCAGCUACAUUUGAACGCACAUUUCAAAAGAAAGAUAAGACAUGGACUGGCGAUCGAGCAAAAGCUGUUAAGGAAAAAUAUGAUGAACUUUUAAUGAGCAGUGCUAGUGGUAGUGAUGAUUGUCCUGAGUCCCGGCCACCAGUUGAUAAUAUGGCAUUAUGGAUGGAGGCAACAGGUGGGGGACGUGCUGAAUCGGUCCGUUUAUCUGACACGACUUGUGCCCCUUAA